AUGAUUAAAUUUUUUGGGAUUGUGAUUUACAUCUUCUUCAUAUUAUCAGUUGUUGGCCCAAUCUAUUCGUUUUUGACCCUCUAACCCAAAAGAGCACAGGAGUUUUGGUCUCGACUAGCCGUCAAAACGUUACGACUGUAAUUCAGAUAUGUGCCAAACUCUAAACAAGUGCAAACCAAUAAGAGAACAAUACUGCUAUUCAAUCACAGAACACAAGGGGAUUUCUUUAUCCAUGACGUGGUUUCUUAAUACAGCGCAAACUUCUUGGCAAGAUGGAUGGUAGCAGUAGCAUUUCCAAUGCUGGCUUUAUUCCAACAAUUGUUCACACAAUCAGUCUGGUUUUUUAGAAGAGGAGGCAACGAUCUAAAUAACUUCUUUAAAUGGAUUGAUAACAAAUUUGAUAAAGCGACAAGGCCCAACCUAUUGGUCUAUCCAGAAGGCCAUAGAAUGCACGAGAGUGACAAAGUAGGAAGGAUGAAGACUGGAAUGCUUCAAUAUGCCUACGAUCGUAAAAUAGAUACUUAAAUAAUCAUUGUUUUGGGCAUCGAGAAAGCCUUUAAUGAGAAGAAGUUUCAUGCAACUUUAGGACCAACUUAGCUGUCAAUAAAGGUGGAUGAAAUAAUCCAACCAGAUAAAUUUCAGACUUUCGAAUUGUUUGUAGAGCACAUUCAAGCUAUGUUUAAGAAGAACUUUGAAGAAACAUAUGAUUAUCAAUAUAAAUAAUCUUGA